UGAUAGAAUAUUCGUGACGUUUGACGUGCAAACAGGUGUUACUGUAAGCAACACAUGAUGAAUGGAAAGCUUUUCUCACUACUUCUUAGCUGCCUAAUUACUUCGGACUUCGUGAAUGCAUAUAUUGAUCAAAAUGAAGGUUGUUUUAUAUCAGUUUUUUGAAUCACUGUUAUUGUCACCGAGUUUGUAUCUUUUCUAACCUAUUCAAAAAAUUUGCAUCGCAUAUAGGAUAAUUUAUAAAUAAUGUGUGUAUAUACAUAUAAGCGCACGAACAUGUGUAUAUACACACAACGUAUACAUAAAUAUGUAUUGUUUAAGCGCAUAAAAUAAAAAGAUAUACCCGAAGAUUGGAUUAUACAAUAUUUUAGAUUCUCAUGAACAGUCAGGAAUAAAUUUCCUACAACUGUUUCGGUCCUAUGGAGAGCGUGAAAGGGAAAAUCGCAGGAAUAUUGAUAAUGAUUUGGAAACAUGGACAGGGAGAUGGAUGCCAGAAAGAAUUUUAUACACUCAAUACCUAUGGGUAUAGUAUCUACACAAUGUGAUGAUGCUAAGACAAAUUUAACUGUUGAUUGGGAUGGAUCUCCAGUGAAUUAUACCUGUUACAAUAGACGUAUUAUACCUAAUACUGAAAUAAAUCCUAUGUUGUACUGUGAAGAGGUUCCAACAGCAUAUGUGGCUGCUCAUAAAUGUAUGAAUGAGAAGAUAGAAUAUGAUAGUGAUAUACCAAUUUAUGGAACACAUAGAGCUUUAUGGCCUGUCUAUGGAGAAUAUAAAUUUUUACCAAAACAAAGAUGGCUUCAUAGUAUGGAGCAUGGAGCAGUUGUUAUGUUGUAUCAUCCAUGUGCUAAUCCAUUAGAAGUAAAGCGCUUGAAAUCUCUAAUUAAAGGUUGUCUUCGGCGACAUAUUAUAACACCUUACAAUCUUUUGGAGGAAGAUAGACCUCUAGCAUUAUUAACAUGGGGUUGUAGAUUGACAAUGUCGUAUGUCAAUCCUACAGUAGUAAAACACUUUGUUCGUGUAAAAGCUCUACGUGGUCCAGAAAGAUUAUCAAAUGAUGGAUAUUUCCAAGAUCAACUUCUUUCUAAAGCAGAACUUGUUUUUGAUAAGGAUGAUUCCAUACUUUGUCCCUAUUAAAAAUCUAAAUGCGAUUUUUUACGCGAUUACAAUAUGCUAUUCAUUUUUGACAGUAUAAUACGUGCGCCUUUCUGAAUGUUUUAUAUCUAAUAUUUGGCCUUACAUUUAGGAUUCAUUUUUAAGUACUUUCAGCAUUUUAAUAAUUAGGCUUUUAGGAUAGUAAAAUUAAUUUUAAAGCGCUGGCUGUGUAAUAAAAUUUAUAUUAUUUUCUUAAUAAAUUGUUAUACAUGUCUAACGAGGCAUUCCUACUUUUCCUUUGUGAAGGUAGGAGCGGAAGAAAGAAAAGGCAAAAAAAAUGACACCUCGUAUUCCCGAUAUAUCAUAUAUUCUUCACCGUUCGAGAAGAUCAUUAAAUACAUUGAACAUCGUGUCGGUUUUUGAAAUUUUUUUUACGGGCCGUUAUCUAUAAUUGUAUAGUAACUUCACUGCAGUGCUGACUAUAAUUCUUGCGGAUACUUAUCUUUAAUUAUAUAUAAAAUUAGGGUAAGAUAAGUAACGCUACUAUAUAUCAGUAAUGUAAAAUAUACUACCCGACUACUCAAUGGUAAGUCGUUAACGUAAAAGAAUAUAAUUGUACAGUAAACGCUUGGCUUAUUUUUUUCUUUUUUUCUCUUUCGUAGAUGAGUGACCUGAAAAUUAUUCUUACAUCGUCGGUAUUCUUCGGAUGAGAUUAUACGAGAAGACGAAUCCAACGAAAUCCUUUGGAAAAAAAAUCAAAAUGUUUCGCACAAGAUUAUAUUUACCUUCGAACAAGGAUCUUUAUAAUUCAUUCAUCUCAGGCAAGUGGUAUAUGAGAAAAGAUUUCCAUCCAAAGGGGGUAUGUUGGAUUCGUAUUUCGUUGGUCGACUGAUCGUUAUCGCGCGAUCCGUAUCUCUAUAGAAUCGGAGAUAAACGGACUAGAGGCCUACCGUUAUACUCAUAGAGGAAACUUUCCUUUGUGCUUGAUUACACGAUGAAAGGGCACAUUCACUUGAUCACAUAUUAGCUCUACAGCAGUAAUAAUCGUUACCUGCUAAUUGAAACCACCCUUCGCGAUCGUUCGAACGGCCGAAAGUCGCGAAGAGUUUCUCGUUUGUUACGGCAAGUAACGAUUAUAUAGAAGAGGGUAUUCUUAACAUUAUUGCCAACUUUGUACAGUGUUAAUAAUAACAUUAUAAUAGAGAAAACGAAAACGAAAUAUAUUCGUAUCAUUUUUGUUCUUACACGAGAGAAGUCUAUAGUGCUCGUCUGACAUAAAAGUACGAGACGUAAAUACGUAUAGGCAGAAAAACACCGUUGAUUCAUUUAAUAUAAGUGAUCAUUAAUACAAUACCUUUAUUAAUUUUUUUUUAUGAAUCUCGCCUAUGAAAUACCUACAAUAAAAAGUAUUGAUAUCUCUGUUACUCUUGCAUGUGCUACAUGUUGUUUUUUUUUUACUUUAUAUAUACUUCGCUCGUACUUUCUCUCGCUCGUUCGUUCUCUCUCUCCCUCUCUCUCGCUCUAUCUCUUUCUUUCUUUUUUUGUUUUACUUCAAUAAUUUAAAUUUAUCAAUAUAAUCUCACUUUUAUCGCUGAACGAUCGAGAAAUCGCCGGCGUGCGACUCUCGCUUUGUCGUCUACGACUUUCUUAUUUUUUUUUUUUUAUUUUGUUUUCUCCUUAUCGUCGUUUGUCGCUUUAUUUGUUCUCUUUUUUUCCUUUUUUUUUUCUCUACGUGUGUUAAUAUUUUCGCAUUAAUUACGAUUUACGUUUGAAAGUGGAAUUGACACUUAUAAGGUUAUUGAAAUAGCCUCUCAAUAUAAUAAUUGCACCAACGUGACACGAUCUUGCUUAGACUCUCUCUCUCUCUCUCUCCCCCUUUUUCUUUCUCAUGCAUACUUAUACACGACACACCCUUUCGAUCUUUCUCUUUCACUGCCAUUCAUUCGACAUUCACACGCAAUUCACGAACAUUCAUGAACAUACAUUGAACUCUUUUCCACUAAUCUAACUUUCCUUUCAUUUUCUCUCUUUCUUUCUUUCAUCUUCCACACGCGCGACUAUUUAAUUAUUUACCUAUUUAUUCUUUUAUUCACCCCCUUUAUUUUAUUUAUAUAUCUGGAAAUGGCUGAUGUAAGUACAUGAAGAUCUCUCUCUUCCGUAUCAAUUAAUCCCGCGUCACUUCUCUUCUUUUCUUUAAAUUUCUCAUACGUGACGAACGAAUAGAUGAACAGCGUUUUAGAGAUCGACAUUUCCGAUAUAUAUGUAUAUAUACUUUUAUCGACGAAAUAAAAUGAUUAAAGGACUCGUUAAAUAACUAAUAUAAUUUUUCAAAUGUGUUGAAAAUGCGAUUCGACUUUGUGGCGCGAAAAUAUAAACUUUCUUAUAAAUUCAAUGCAAACGUGAAAGAUACUAUUUCGGAUAAAAUUGAACAACGCUUAAAACGUCCGUCAUCUUUUGAUCGUCAACGUUGUCGGUCUUCUUCCGGUCUUUUCUUCGUUGCAUUUAUUCCCGAAACGAACUCGUUCUCCUAUUUCCUUUUUCUUAUUUCAAAUUGGAAAGGUUUACGCGCGUUUUGUGAAUGAGAGAACGCGCGGAUGUCCUUUUGAAUUCUAUGCGCUAAAUAUAACGACGUUACAGACUUUGGAUUUUGAA